CGCACUGUCCUGAAGCUUAUAUGUGCGGGGAAAGUAAAGCAGACACUUUACUGUUCUGACUCGGCAUUGCACGGCGGGAGAAAACUCACGACAAAAACACAACACGAGUUUCAGACCACAUCCGAGACUUGCCUUUUUUAUUUCGCAUCUCUUGCACAAAACCAGGUCGUGGCAAACUAAAACCCGUUGCUUCAAAAGUGAUCCAGGUCGGUCCUCAAAUGAGAGAUCAUCUGCUACUGUCUCCUUCUGAAACAGAAAUGUCUGCAGCCAUCCUGUCCGCUUUCUACGACAUCGACAUGCUGUACAAGGAGAAGAGCCUCAACAUGAACGCGUUUCACAUCAACAGCAUGCUGGAUAAGAAAGCAGUCGGGGCUCCUGUAACGACUUCUAACAGCACCAACAAUUGCAACUCCUACGCGUCAGGAUUUUUCCGUCGGAACUCCACCAGCAACAUGGAGUCCAUGGUGAACGGCAACAAGUACCCCGCCAGCUCCUACAACAGCAUGAAGGAGAACGCCAGCACAGCCAUCAUGAACAAGGAGAACAAAUUCCGCGACCGCGCCUACAGCGAGAGCAGCCAGCAGCAGCUGCAAGCUCCACAGCAGAAGCCGGGCUCGCAGAUCAACUCCACCCGCUACAAGACCGAGCUGUGCAGGCCCUUCGAGGAGAACGGCGCGUGUAAAUACGGCGAGAAGUGCCAGUUUGCCCACGGCUACCACGAGCUGAGGAGCCUGUCUCGCCACCCGAAGUACAAGACCGAGCCCUGUCGCACUUUCCACACCAUCGGUUUCUGUCCGUACGGUCCGCGCUGCCACUUCAUCCACAAUGCCGACGAAAGACGACCAGCGCCAAGCAACGCCAACAACAUGCAGGGAGAGCCCACCAAGGCCACUCGGGGGGAGCCUGUGUGCAUCUACGGGCAGCAGCAGCAACCGCAGGCGGCGGGAGCCUUCAGGGACAGACCCAAACUCCACCACAGCCUCAGUUUCUCGGGUUUCUCAAGCCACCACCACGGACUCGACUCUCCCCUGCUCGAAAGCCCCACGUCCCGCACUCCUCCACCCCCUUCCUCCACCGCUCACUUUUACGAAGACGUUUUGUCGCCCAUGAGUCGCUGCCUGAGCAACAGUGCCUUUUCUUUCCCUGGGCAAGACCUCAAAGCCCUGCUCGCGCCGCUGGCCGUGCACGCGCACAACGGUUACGCCAGCCAGUCCAACGGUGCUUACUGCGGAAACAUUCAGGUGAACAUGGGCGGCGGCCCCCCCUCUCCCCCGUACGGUCUCAACCACCUGCAGUCCAUGCACCGUCUGUCAGAGUCGCCUGUGUUCGACUCGCCCCCGAGCCCGCCUGACAGCAUCUCAGACCGGGAGAGCUACGCCAGCGGCUCGCUGAGCUCCUCUGGAAGUCUCAGCGGCUCCGAGUCUCCGAGUCUGGACGGCGGGAGACGUUUGCCAAUCUUCAGCAGGCUGUCGAUUUCUGAUGAUUAAUCGCCUGUUUUUUGUUUGUAUUUUAUGGGAUAUUAUCCCCCUUAUUUUCUGUUAUAGUGGACUUCUUGGUGGAAUUUUCCCGAUUCCGAGUCUCCCGUUAGAGGUGUAGUUCAAUAACAGACUUUAAUAUCGAGGGAGAUGGAUUUGUCAGACCCUUGACAUGGCAUUAGUUGAUCUAUUUCUGUUUGAGCUGCUUCUCAACAGAAGGCAUUCCAACGGUGAUAUUUGUGCUGCAAGUUUGUUGCAUUCUCUUGGUCUUUUUGGACCAGUUACUUUCCAGAUUUGUACAAAAUACUUUUUUUGAACGUGAAAGACAGAGCGGUUACAGAUUUUCCUCCAUUCUUGCCAAGAAUAUGCCUUGAUACACAAAUUCACACAAGUUUUUCAAAGUGUAUGCGCUUCUGAAAGCUUAUAAGAACUUCCAUUCCAAAAGUUUAUUUUUCAAGUAUCACAGCAGCGCCACCCAGUGGUUUGGUUUGUGCAGUUUGAAGCUCUCUUGUUUGGCUUGUUGGGAAAUCACUGCUGAUGGUUGACUAUAUCUUUUUUUUUUAGCUGAUUUGAGUGAUUACAUAGCAGUGCAUAACUGACUAUGAACUAUUUAACUUAUUUAUUUUAUAUUGUGAAAAGUAUAGGCUGCAUUGUUAAUUGUGUCCAUACUGUAUUUAUGGAGUAUGAUGAAGCAAUAGAUCUAUAUUCUUUUUAUUAUGUUUAAAUUAUGAUCGCCAUUAUUAAUCUACAUAAAGUGGACUGUAUGUUCUUUUCACAGUAAUAUAUAUUUUUGUUUGGUCUCUUUUGUAACUUCACUUUGUUAUUUUAUUGUAAAUGAGUAAAAAAGAAAUCUUAAUUUAAGAGAUUGUUUGUGAUUAUUUAUUUCAUUAAUUUUGUUUCCUUGUUUACGUUCAUUAAAAAAAAAAGGUUUGUGUGAUUGCUGUUCGUUGGGAUGUUACUUUUUGGAAGGGUCUUGUUAUUUUUGUUUGGUUUUUGGAUAAUCCGGAGAUGUGUCCUUUUAGGCAUGUCUGUAGAAUGUAUAAACUGGUUGGCAGAGGACCGUCCGAACGUGUACUAGCCUUAAAUUUUCAUAGAAAUCAGAUUUCAAAGAUCCCAAGUAAAUCUAUUAACCAAAAAGUAUUUAAUUUACCUUUUUAUAUAAAUAAACAAUGCACAGAGUGAGGCUGUGACUCCAGCCACGUGCAUGAGAAUGUAGCAGUCCAUUGCCCCAGUGUUAUUGCCUAGUGCCUGUGGGGAUUCACCAUCUUACAUUGCCUUAUGAUUAACCAAAUAAAGUAUUUUCAUACAUGUUAUUGUUUUACAACAAGAGGAAAUGAAUGUAGUUUGUAAUUUAAAACUUCUUGGAAGGUUGUUACCACUUAUCAAAGGAGAAUAGACUUGGCAACAAUCUGAGUUUUAUUUUUUCUAUUACUCAUUUCAUUGUUUUGUACUUGUCUUUUUUUUCUCUUGCUUUCCUACGAUAUGGUAAUGGUCGGAAUCUUCCAAACUUGCUGGACGGGGAAGAGUUUGAACACAUUUAGUUUGUACAUAGUAGGUACAGGGGAUUCGCACUAUGUACCUUUCUUGACUACUUUAUCAGAAGUAAAGCUUUUUGAAUGUAAUAUAAAAAUAAAAAAAAUGACAAAAAGAACAGGACUUGUAACAUAUUUGUUUUGGGGAGUCAGUUCACUACAAACUGCGUGUGAGACUGUUAACUUUGUACUGUACAUUUUUGUAGUUCUCCCAAUAAAAUAAUUUUUGACAAAAAGUAAA